AUGCCGGACCUCGCCGUCGCCGAGCUCAGCAUUCCGGCCGAGCAGAGCCCCGAUCCCGCAAAGCCAUUGGUGAUGCCCGUCGACUCAGCAGUGGUAGCCUCUACCCGGCGCUUCAUUCCGUGGUCGGCGGUGGGCAAUCCGGCCUUCCUCAAUCUUCCCCCUCCUCCUCCAGGGAUGCAACCGUCGUGGGUCAGAUUCCGCAGGGCCGCCAUCAGUGGCCUUCUCCCGUUCGGUGAGCCCGAUCCCGCUGCGGGCAUCGGAGGGGAGGUCGCCGCGCUACCCGAUGAGCUGCGCCGCUCGACCGAGGACGACAGGGUCGACUGGCUGCUAAGACGAGGGCGGAGGCUUGCCGACGGCCCGGCGCAGUGGGGCUUUGACGAGUCGCUCUCGAUGGUCUCGGGGAUCCAAUCGCCGCCGUACGCGUGGUUCAAUGGCAGCGUGGCGUCGCUUCCUCGCGGGAGCCGCUGCUGGGGCACGGCGACCCACGCGACGCGCACCGGCGACUGGGUGUCGGGCAAGUUUGCGGGCACCGGGCUGCGCCACCGCCGGUACACGCCGUGCGGUGCAGGGGACGGGCACGACGGCGCGGCGGACUGGGAGGGGCACAUGGCCGACGCCCACCUCUCGCAAGCUGCGCUCGGCUUUUUCGACCGGCGCCGCCGCGCACGCGGGCCGCAGCCGCCCUUCUUUGCCCUGGUCGCCACCGCGGCGGUGCACGCGCCCUUCACGCCGCCCGACCGGUUCCGGGACGCAGACAUCCGCACAUGGGUCGCCACCAGCGAGGUGGCGGCGCCGCGCCGGCUGCACGUCCCCCACUCGUCCAUGGUGGCGGAGUUGGACGCGGUGGUCGGGGCGCUGAUGGCGGCGCUCCGCUCCGCAGGCGAGCUCAACGAGACGAUUGUGGUCUUUGCGAGCGACAACGGCGGACUCAGCUGCGCGACCAAGCAGCACGGAUCGUGGAGGCCCUCGCCCGAGACACCCGCGCCGCCGUUUGAGGACGUCUCGCCCGAGCGGUCCGGGCUGCAGUCGCCGCUCUGCGGCGCCAAUUCUAGCGCCCACCUGCGGGGGCACAAGGGAGACCUCUACGAGGGAGGCCACCGGGUGCCGCUGCUGGUAGCGUGGCCGGCGGGCGGUGUGCCCGCCGGGGGGGAGUGCGGCGACCUGGUCGGGCUCACCGACCUCUACGCCACCCUGCUCGACCUGGCCGGCCUUGCGCCGCCCGCUCCCGGCCAGGCAGCGGACAGCGUCAGCUUCAAGCGCCGCCUGCUCCGACCCCGCGACGGCCACCCGGCCCGGUCCGACCUGCUCGUGCCGUCGCCGCCGAGCUGGGCGCUGCGGUGGUCGCGCUGGAAGCUGAUCAGCCUCGCGCACGGCAGCCAACGCGCCACCGAGCUCUUCGACCUCGAGGCGGACCCGGGCGAGACGACCAACCUGCUGCCGCCCCACAACGUGAGCGGGCAGCCGCCACGCGCGUCCGGCGAGGCCGCCUCGCGCCACGAGGCGACGGCCGCACGCAUGGCCCAGCGCGCGGACCAGAUUCUGACCAGCGGCGAGCUCGGAGGGCGAAAGCGGAUGCAAGCAUUGCGAACGAUGUGA